AGCAUGUCCUCCCCAGCUGGUCCCCGGCCGGCGGGAAGAGGCGGCGCCAUGAGCCACGUAGUGACCAUCGAGGAGCCUCAGACCAAGCCGCAAGUGUCUCAGACACGGUGCGGUGUGAAGUCGGGGCUCGGGGGCAACUUCUCCUCCACCAGAGCUUAUGAUUACCUGUACGAUCCAGUGUUUACUGUGUCAAGUGAGAAAGACCACGCACAGGAAAAUAUCCAAGCUACCCUGAUUCGAAGCCGACUGAGAAAAGUUCCCAGGUUUAGAGCCAUGUUCAGCAACCUGAUCCAUUAUCCACGAUAUUCCCUAUAUUGGGACAAGUCAGAUCCCGUCCCACCAUUCAUCAGUCGAGAAUGGAAGGGACAUGCAGACCAAUACAAGGAAGUUCUCCGGAAUCUUGCAGCAAUGGACACUUCUUUUCAGAUGCCUAAAGAAGUUUAUGAGGAUCCCGAUGUUGCUGGAAAGAACCGCUAUAAAUAUUUUGAAAGGCCUUUCCUUCCAUUUUAUAAACAGAUGCCGUUCAAUGUUGUUUUUGCAGCAACCAAGGCAGAGCCAUGUAUUUUUCCUUCUGCCUCUACCAAGUACUCAUCCAUCCCUUCGAAGUGUACCGUGGGCACUCAGACCGAUUAUCGGGAUGCUGAAGUUCAAACAGAUCCAUAUUCUCCAGAGUAUGUAGUAUGUCAGGACUCUAUCCCUGAGCUCUUGACCCUGGCCACUCUUACUUGGGGUCGAGGUCUCCCUGCAGGACAAGCUGAGGUGGAGAUGAUAGAGCGUGCCAGGGAGAAGCGAGCUUGGGAAGCCACCCUUCCACCUCUGAGUGACACCUCCCAGUUUGAGAAGAGGAGAAAGAUGAUGAAUGAGAUGGAGAGGAAAGAGUGGGCCUUCAGAGAGCAGGAGAUUCAAAAACUGCAGGAGAUUCGCCUGGAAGUUCUAAAGCAGCUGCUGAAGAAGCGUGAAGAGAAUCAAAAUGAAGUGAACAUGAAGCGUUUGAAUGCCCAAUGGUCUAGACUGCAGGAAGAAAAGGAGGCAAAAGUGGCACAGAUUCAACACAAGCAUGUAUCAAGUAAUGUUAUCAGAAAACUUGUGGAAAAAGGAAAGAAUAUAGAAGGGAAGAUAGAGAGAAGAAAUAUCAUCAAAGACUAUAGCGAUUUUGCAUCUCAGACCUAUGGACCUCUAUCUCGCCUUGGUCGUUUCCCAGACAACAACUCAGAAAACUUUGUGGUAAAAAACCACUUUCUUAACACCUAUGAAGGUUUAGUUGAACUUGAGUCGUGUCUCCCAGAUUUUGUGACACAACCAAGAAUCAAACCUCUGAAACCAAAAGUCAUUACCACGAAAGCUGGUUUUCUAAAGAGGGCAGCAAGGAUGGAUCAUGAGUUGGCAGAGGUCCAUAAGGCACUGUUGGAAAAGAAGAAUAAAGUUCUUGAAUCAAAGAAACCUCUGCGCUUCCUUCAACAAAACCCAAUACCUCAACCUCGGCUUCCAACUCCAACCUUGGAAAUUAGUUCCAAUGAAGCAGAAGAGGUAGAAAUGGCUGUGAUCUACCUUCAAAAGUUACUCCGGGGCAGAGUCAUUCAGAACAUGAUGUUUGAAGGGAAAGAAAAGCGAUUGGAAUUGAUCCAGGAGCUGCGCACCAGCCACGCACUACAAGAAGAUGACAGGCUGGUGAAGAAAGCCGAGAAGCAAGUGACCCUGGCCUUACAGCGGCAGAGGAACUUGCAUGAACACAAGGUAUCAGUGGUUGAAAACCAUUUGGCUGGACUGGAGGGAAGGGCAUUGGCAGACAUGUUUGAUUUCCUGUCCAAAGAGCUGGUGAGACUGCAGGAAGAGAGGAGGAUCCACGCCUUUGCCAUGCUGGCAGAACGGCAGCGGCGCAUGAGAGAAGCCGAAGAGAGUGGCCGGCGCCAGGUGGAGCAAAGGCGCCUGCGGGAGGAGGAUCAGAUAUUCAAAGAGGUGAUUAAAGUUCAUCAAAGUACUGUAACCUCCUAUCUAGAAGACGUUAUACUGAAUACUGAAGAGAAUACUGCAGAAGAACAAGCCAGGGCAGAAAUUGAGAAGAUGGCUGAGGAAAUCAAUGACAUUGCUUCUGAAAUGGAAAACCGUCGAACUGAGCUUCAGUCAGAAGAAAUUGUUGCUGAGUUGGUUUAUAGUUUCCUGAUUCCAGCAGUGCAAAAGGAAUUUGUCAAAGAAAAGGUGAGGAAUGCACAGCGGAAGCAUAUUCUUGCAGCCCAUCAGAUCAUCCACGGACACACUGAAGCUAUGGUCACAAAUAAUUUUGCCGAGCAACAGCAAGAUGAUGUCUCAGACAAUGACAAGUUACAUGAAGAAGUAAGACAAAAUGAAGAAAACCACUAAGUUGCUCCAGGGGGACUACUUAGCUUCCACUCCUCUCUAUGCCGCCAUCUUAGAUCCUCUCCCUGGAUGAUGUGUUCUUGACGCGUCUGACCUUUGGGAAGUUCACAGAAGCAGUGGAAGCCAAACAGGUGACUCAGCAGGAAGUAGAGAGGGGCAGAUUUCUGGUGGAAAAGGCUGAGCAGCAGAAG